GCUAACAUGCUGAUAUUUGACAAAUAAUGUUAAUCAUGUUCUGCAUCAUAGUUUAGCAUGUUAACAUGCUAACAUUUGCUUAUUGGCACUAAACAGUACAGCUGAGGCUGAUAGCAAUGUAAUUCAUUUUGCAGGUAUUUGGUCAUAAACCAAAGUAUUGGAAAUAUUUACAUUUUGAAAAGGAUGAGGGGAUUACCAGUAUCAGUAGGAAUCAACAUCUACCCACAAAUGUCUGUAUAAAAGUUUGUGCCAAUCCAUUCAGUGGAUGUGGAGAUAAUUUACUUAAUUUAAUAAUUAAUGAUAACUUUGACCUGCUGGUGACGCUAGAGGAAAAGUCAGGGGAUCACCAAAGUCAUCAAUAUUCACCAUAAAAGUACCAUCAAUUAUUGUACCAAAUUUCAUGCCAAUCCACGCAGUGGUUGUUGAGAUAUUUCAGUCUGGACCAAAGCAGUGGACACAGCUAGUGUGACUAAAAACACAAAGCUGUCUGAGCUCCAGUGGUUCCAUCCCAUCGUCGCCACGGUUACACACACAGGACAGGGAGAAAGAGAUAUACAUGUCAGGGAACUCCAUCUCCAUGACGACAGUAAACAGGUCUGUCAGUGUGACUUACACACAGGUGAAACAUUAGCCGGGCAGAAAGAAAGAAGCCACACAUACUCACACACACACACAUACAUACACACACAUACACCGGGCAGGACAGAUGGCGGAUUCACAGCGAACAUCUGAACCCAUCAACUUUGUGCAUCAAGAUGAAAUCUGGAAAGCGCAUGUAAAAGUUGUGAAAGAUUCGGCUGACGUCUGGCCCAGCAAGUGGGGCUUCCUUACCGAGGCGUACAAGGAGUAUGAGAGGGAGAGUACGAAGCUGAUGGAGGCAGUCAGGAGAGUGGAGCUUCCCCAUCACCUGGCAGCACGACCUUCGACCCCUCCAGAAAAAUACAUCCACGUUGGCCCCUCUCCACCUGUUCCACAGACAAGUCAGGCCCUUAUUGGGUGGCGUUCAGGUCACUCACAUCUUCAGCUGGAAAAGUAUGGCACAGUGCAUUAUGGGAGGCGUAGUUUUCUGAAGGAACUGGGCUGGCCUCUGGACUCUUGCAACUGAGUGGAAGCCUCUGUUCUCCGUUGUCUCAGCUAAUCAAUGACUCAGUAUUGAAUGUGGAUUAAAAUACACUGCAGGAACAAA